UCCUUUACCUGCUCCUAAGUUGCUGCACAUCUGGCGCUGUAGAGCUCUCAGGAUGGUAAAAUCGACACAAAUUGCCCGACUGGACGGUGUCCCUUUAGCAGCCACUGUCGACGACGAUCAAGCAGAAGCCGAACUGGCCGAAGUGAAACAGCAAUGCAAACUGAUUUUCAAAAGGCUAAACCAGCAUUCCGAGCCCAGAGCGAGUAUUGAAUCCGGGCCUUUUACCCUACACUACAUUAUCGAGAACCACGUAUGCUACUUGUGCGUUUGCGAUAAAUCAUACCCACGCAAACUUGCCUUUACGUAUCUCCAGGACAUCGCGGCUGAGUUCUACUCAUCGUACGGAAAUGAACUCAUGAAUCCGUCCUUGCGACCGUAUGCGUUUGUCCAGUUCGACACUUUUAUGCAGAGAACCAAGCGCACAUAUCAGGAUACGAGGGCUUCUGCGAACUUGGAUAAACUGAAUGAUGAUCUCAAGGAUGUUACGAGAGUUAUGACCAAGAACAUUGAGGACUUGUUGUACAGAGGGGAUUCGCUAGAGAGAAUGGGGGACAUGAGCUCGAGAUUGAGGGAUGAAAGCAAGAAAUAUAGAAAAGCUGCGGUCAGAAUCAACUGGGAACUUAUGUUGAAGCAAUACGGACCAAUAGGCGCUGUGGGCCUGGUGGUACUCUUUUUCAUUUGGUGGAGAUUUUUCUGAGCAGUAGUAAGCAUCUCGUAUUCCUCGAAUGGCCGAGAAUUUCCUUCACUGUGGGCAUGGUUGAGCUGAGGGCAGAAAAAACUGGAAAUUUGGAGUGUUGCGACUUCAGCUUGUUUUCUGUUAUGCCUUCGAUAUCUGGGUGUAUAAUAUUCAUUGUACGACAUGUAGA